GCUUGGUUGACGAAGGCCCCACUUGUCGGAAUUAGCUCUUGCUCUUCUCGCUCUGUUUUCCACGACUUAUUAAAGAAAAAGGUCGCCCACAUUGAACGCGCUUUCUCUCCUUCUUCUCAUCACGUUGAAGACUUGGUUACGGCUCUUCUGGCUUGUCAAUUCCUCCCAAGGUCGUCCGUGGUGCCUUCCGCCCAAAAUCUCCCCUCUUCUCCCCCUCUGUGUGAUUAGUCUGAACGUCGUCCAUCUUAUCUCCCCCACGACCUCACCUUCACCAAUACAUCUUCAGUCACCUAUACAACCAAACCUAAUCAGCAUUCCAGUCGAUCCUAUUGUCGAUUUCUCUGCCCGCCUAACCUGGAGUAAUUAAUAAUUUCACCGGACUCAGUCCUUUAUCCGCACAUCUAUUCAAUUCGACAUCUGGGUUAUCUCUCUGGUUGUCAGUCUUAGAAGCUCGCCGCCAUGGCUGAGUCCAACAAUGCCGCCGCGCCGGCGCUUCACACCAAUAUAGAGUCGGGCAAGUUUGAUGAAAAGGAAGCUCACCGUAUCGAGGACCCCGCCCCGGCCAAGACUACUAAGGGCGAGGAAGAAGAAGAGGAUGAGGACAUCGACGCCUUGAUCGAGGAUCUCGAGUCUCAGGACGGAAACGCAUUCGACGAUGAGGAGGAAGGUGAUGGACAGCCCGGCGGUACUGGUCGCGUUGUUCCCGAAGAGAUGCUCCAGACUGAUACUCGUGUCGGUCUUACGGAAGCUGAGGUCACCAACCGUCGUCGCAAGUAUGGUCUCAACCAAAUGAAGGAGGAGAAGGAAAACCUAAUCCUCAAGUUCUUCGGUUUCUUUAUUGGUCCUAUUCAAUUCGUUAUGGAGGCUGCUGCCGUCCUUGCUGCUGGUUUAGAAGAUUGGGUCGACUUCGGUGUCAUCUGCGCCUUGUUGCUCCUUAACGCCUGCGUCGGUUUCAUCCAAGAAUUCCAGGCCGGUUCUAUCGUCGACGAAUUGAAGAAGACUCUCGCCCUUAAGGCUGUUGUCCUCCGUGACGGUACCCUCAAGGAAGUUGAGGCUCCUCUAGUUGUCCCUGGUGAUAUCCUCCAAGUUGAGGAGGGUACCAUUAUUCCCGCUGACGGCCGAAUCGUCACUGACGAUGCCUUCCUACAAGUCGAUCAGUCUGCCAUCACUGGUGAAUCUCUUGCCGUUGACAAGCAUAAGGGUGACCAAUGUUUCGCUUCGUCUGCUGUCAAGCGUGGUGAGGCCUUCAUGGUUGUUACCGCUACUGGUGACAACACCUUUGUCGGUCGUGCUGCUGCUCUCGUCAACCAGGCUUCUGCCGGAACUGGUCACUUCACUGAGGUUCUUAACGGUAUUGGUACUGUUUUGUUGAUCUUGGUUGUCUUCACUCUCUUGAUUGUCUGGGUUUCGUCUUUCUACCGAUCCAACCCCAUUGUCGACAUUCUUCGUUUCACUUUGGCCAUCACUAUCGUCGGUGUUCCCGUUGGUCUUCCUGCUGUCGUCACUACCACAAUGGCUGUCGGUGCUGCCUAUCUUGCCAAGAAGAAGGCUAUCGUUCAGAAGCUCUCUGCCAUCGAGUCUCUUGCUGGUGUCGAAAUUCUGUGCUCUGACAAGACCGGUACUUUGACCAAGAACAAGCUCUCUCUCGCUGAGCCUUUCACUGUCGCUGGUGUUGACCCCGAGGACCUCAUGCUUACUGCCUGUCUCGCUGCCAGCCGCAAGAAGAAGGGUAUGGAUGCCAUUGACAAGGCUUUCCUCAAGUCGCUCAAGUACUAUCCUCGUGCCAAGGGUGUUCUAUCCAAGUACAUUGUCAAGGAAUUUUUCCCCUUCGACCCUGUCUCAAAGAAGGUUACUGCUGUUGUCGAGUCUCCCCAAGGUGAACACAUUACUUGCGUCAAGGGUGCCCCUCUGUUCGUCCUCAAGACCGUCGAGGAAGACCACCCCAUCCCUGAGGAAAUUGACCAGGCCUACAAGAACAAGGUUGCUGAAUUCGCUACUCGUGGCUUCCGUUCUCUCGGUGUUGCCCGCAAGCGUGGUGAGGGUGCUUGGGAAAUCCUCGGUAUUAUGCCUUGCUCUGACCCCCCUCGUCACGAUACUGCCCGCACCAUCAACGAAGCCAAGCGUCUCGGUCUCUCCAUCAAGAUGUUGACUGGUGAUGCCGUCGGUAUUGCUCGUGAAACUUCUCGUCAACUCGGUCUCGGUACUAAUGUCUACAACGCUGAGCGCCUUGGUCUCGGUGGUGGUGGUGACAUGCCCGGCUCUGAGGUCUACGAUUUCGUUGAGGCUGCUGAUGGUUUCGCUGAGGUCUUCCCCCAACACAAGUACAACGUCGUCGAGAUUCUACAACAGCGUGGUUACCUUGUUGCUAUGACUGGUGAUGGUGUCAACGAUGCUCCCUCGCUAAAGAAGGCUGAUACCGGUAUUGCUGUCGAGGGUGCCUCCGACGCUGCCCGAUCUGCCGCCGAUAUUGUCUUCCUUGCCCCCGGUCUUGGUGCUAUUAUCGAUGCCCUCAAGACUUCUCGACAGAUCUUCCACCGUAUGUACGCCUACGUCGUCUACCGUAUCGCUCUUUCUCUUCACUUAGAGAUCUACCUUGGUCUGUGGAUCGCGAUCCUGAACCGCUCGCUCAACAUUGAGCUUGUCGUCUUCAUUGCCAUCUUCGCUGACGUCGCUACUCUGGCUAUUGCCUACGACAACGCCCCGUACUCCAUGAGCCCCGUCAAGUGGAACCUUCCCAAGCUCUGGGGUAUGUCUGUCCUCCUCGGUGUCGUCCUUGCUGUCGGUACCUGGAUUACUGUCACCACCAUGUACGCUCAGGGCGAGAACGGUGGUAUUGUCCAGAACAACGGUAACAUGGACGAGGUCCUCUUCCUUGAGAUCUCCCUCACUGAGAACUGGCUUAUCUUCAUCACUCGUGCCAACGGUCCCUUCUGGUCGUCGAUCCCCUCGUGGCAACUUACCGGCGCCAUCCUUCUCGUUGAUAUCCUCGCUACCUGCUUCACGAUCUGGGGUUUCUUCGAGCACGGCGCCCUUACCCACAUCGUCGCCGUUGUCCGUAUCUGGAUCUUCUCCUUCGGUGUAUUCUGCAUCAUGGGAGGUGUAUACUACAUCCUCCAGGACAGCGUUGGAUUCGACAACCUCAUGCACGGCAAGUCCCCCAAGGGCAGCCAAAAGCAGAGAUCUCUCGAAGAUUUCGUUGUCUCUCUCCAACGUGUCUCCACCCAGCACGAGAAGUCCCAAUAGAUCAUCCCCGGAUGAAACCGAACGGCCGCACCCUAGGUGGCCAUUGUCACCAGGGAUCAGUCCUAAUCGGUGGUACAUACUAUUGCCCUUCGGUCUAUAGACAUAUUCUCCGGACAGGCUUGGUUGUUCACAUCAUUUCCUUCUUGUAAACUGAAAUACCACGGCGUAUAGGCCUUCGGUUAUGUCAUACCCACGUCUCUUAGGCUUAAUAAGAAUGAAAAAAAUACCAAAUACCCGGCAUGUCUUAUGUGAAGCUGAGUUAUGUAAUUGCAUGUCUUUAAAGUCUAGUUAUGAUAGCUUUCAAUGUAUAUGCAUUAAUUUUUAA